GCGUGUCAACCAGCACGUCGCGUUCUCAACAUCUUGAAAGUCUCUUGAACAGGCAUCAGAUGUGAAAGGGCGCAACACAAAAUAACUGCUGGCUCAAUAGUGUCCUUCCCUUGUCCUCUUCAUAGUAACUUAUGUCAAAUAUGGGCGGUAGUGGGGAACCAAGCGGGCGGUCUGCACACGACAACGUCGACGGUGUAAGACAUUUCCUCGUGAAGAACGCAUGCCCAAGCGAAAGAAUGACGAAGGACUGGCACCUCAGCAAUCAGGAGGAGACUUGCUGGGUGUCAGCUCUUUGGGCUUUGAUAUUUUGUCAAAAGGCGCUCCAACAACCUUUAGUGUGAAAGAAUGGAAUACAGGGGGCGUAAUGGGAUCAACGAUGACUCUCAAUGAAGACACUGAAAGCGAAGGACCCUAUGUUGGUCUCAGUGCGAAGCUCAGUCGAGCCUUUGUGACGCAUAUUGUGUUUGCCUUGGUCGUCGUUCUAUACACCCUACUCAUCCUAGCACAAACCGUGAAAGAAAAAGGCGAAGAGACCAAGCAGCGAUUGCGUAGCGGAUGUAACGGCAUGGAAGUUGCAGCCACUGCCAUGGCGUCGGUUCCACACUAUGCCGCCGCAGGCUUCAAUCAGGCGACCGUCGACUCGAUAAAUGCCAUCACGUCAAGUACAGCAAAAAUGCUUUCCGGUGCCGUGGCCAUGCUGAACGAGUUGGUCCUUAUGGUUUUGCAAAGUUAUACGAAUCUCCUGUUUUGUAUCCUGGAUGCGUUUGUCGGGCUGGCAGUCAACACGGUUGCAAUGUACGCCGAACAGAUCACCGAUUUCCUAAACACUCAGUUAGCGGUUAUUUCAAAUGCUUUGGAAAAAAGUUUGGAUGUUCUGAAUGGGCAGUUGCAGAACUUUGUAGACCGGCUAGGCGAUGCGAUCAAUACAAUCGCAGAUGUGUUUGGAGGGCAUGUAGAUGGAGGAGUUUUUCAGCCAGUAAGAUUCCCGUCCGUUAGCAACAAACUCAAUUUCCAAAUUCCGGACGACUUUGUGAAUACAUUGAAAAACUUGUCGAAUGAAGUACCAUCAUUUGAGGACUUGGGGGAACAACUCGCUACGCUCAUAUCCAAACCUUUCGGGCUAUUAGAAGGGUUGAUUGACGACCAAUUGGGAGAUUUGAAGGGUAUUGCCAAUGAUGCGAAACUUGUUCCUAUACCUGCAGUGGCAGGCCACGUCCAGUUCUGCGAUGAUGCAAUGGAUUACGGGUGGAUCGAUGAACUGGUGCAUGCGCUAAAUUUGGCCCUGCUUCUUGGCGCAGGGUUGGUGGCUGCCAUAGCCUUCUUCUCCAUUCUUGCAAACAUGGUGACGGUCGUCUACGACCAUUGGCAGUUUGAAAAAAGUGUGCGACUCUAUGCAAAGAUACUGCAAGAUCAUAAAGGAAUCAAUCAAACACCAGUUCUGGAAGGGCGGCCUGGGAUCAGCACCACGAAAGAUGAAAAGGCCGCUCUCCAUGCAACGGCUCGAGAUUUGAUCCAUGCAGCGGGUAGUCCGGCCAAGUAUCGUUGGAUGGACCGACUUACUAAAUUUCUGUUUCGAUCGGAAAGGAGCCGUGUUCGAUUCCAUUGGUUUGUCGAUUACGUUUCACACAAACCGAGCUUAUUGUGUGUCUGCGCAGGCCUUUUAGGGCUUGGUAUGGUGCUGCUCCAAAUGUGGAUGAUCGACAUAGUUAAAGAGAAAACCGCUCAAGCCGUCAGCGAAGGAAUUCACGCGUCCAUGGAUAAACUUGUACGAACUGUGGUUGCAGAAGUUUAUGGCGUAGCACAACCCUAUGUAGACGCAACAAACAAUCAGAUCGACUUGGUUGAGACUACCACAAAUCGAGUGCUUUUUGGAUGGAUAGGCAACAUCAUAGAUGCCAUCAAUAACACCAUGUCCACGUUCGAACAAGGAUUUAACAAUGCCCUAAACUCAGCUUUUGGAUCCGUUCCGCCACUCAAAACGGCGCUUGUUGCUUUUGCAAACUGUGUUGUGGGAUCUAAAAUCCGGACUCUUGAAGCGGUGUUCGAAGCUCUCACGACGAAAUCCCACCUUACCCUUCCGAGGAUUCACCUCAACAUGAUUGCCGGAUUGGAUGAUGAUGCUAUCCGUCGGCAGCUGCAAACAGCGCAGAGUAUCAUGGACACCUCGCCUGCGGCUAAUACUAAUGCGACGAUGGAUGGGUCGACUGAGAACAGCAAUGCGACUACCAAUGGAACUCUUGUCAGACGUGUGCGACGGGAUGACGCAAAUUCAACCACUGUAAGUGACGAUGAAGAGAGCAUCUUCAAAAGGGAAGUUGAAGCUUUUCUUGAGUCAUAUCGCAACAGCCUUCGUCAGCAGAUCCUUCCCUUUCUCGCAAUAUUCGGAUUUGGGUCGCUGGUUUUCUUUAUGGGCUUGAUUCGAGUUUGUGUCUGGGUAAUCGGUGACCAUAUUCGACAUCGACGCGGUGCGCCGUUAGAAGCUUCAAAGGCCACCUCAUCGCUAGCGCGUCCCGCGAACGCAUACGCUGGACCCAGCGCACAGGGAUGGUUCAGAAAACACAAAUCCAGUAUGCUCGACAGUAAAAAACGCCAGUCAGAAGAAAUGCUGUGUUCAAUGGCUGGCCCACAUCCCCCAGGUAUGGACGCAAGAGAUACACUUCAGCCACAACCGGUGAUUGGACAAGCAUUAGGAAGCGCUUUGCUAUUCCGAUCCACGACCAUCCAGUCGCCAUCAGAUUCCCCUGUUCUUACGCGCGAGCGGACGGUCCCAAAGGGACCUAGGCAGAUGGGUGAAGCCCACGCUUUUGGAUCGAGACCAAAUGUGUCGCCGUCAGGCCCUCGUGAGAUGCAUCCUGGGACGCUGAAACCAUCCGGAUCUCAAGGAGCACUAAGUUCGUUUAUCAAACCCUCCAAAUUAACCAACCGACCUGUAUCUGGAGUGUUUUCGGACUGGGAGGAGAAGCCUGUAGGGCGAGCUGCAACCGCACCAGCGUCGAAAGCUUCACGCGGUUCGGCAGCACACGACAUUGAACACUUGGAAGAUGACACGCCACGUCCAACAACGCACCCUUAUAGUAUCUGGAGCCGAAACUAUCAAUCACAGGCACCUGAAGGGUUUGAUGAUUGGAACGAAAUAUCAAAUGAAGCAGCCAAAGCUGUCGCGAUGUUGGCGGCCAAGGCGAAACACCAUGGCGGGCGGCAGGCUUAAAUAUUUAGAUCACGAGCUAUUCACAUGGAAGUAAAUGUUCUGCCUAAUGCGCUACCUGCAUCUACAGAUUCAGAUUUUCUCGUUGGUUUUAUAUAUACAUGGACCACGCAGGUGCUAGCCUGAGAUACUACCCUUCAUGUUCCUAAGACAUGAGACACGUCAGUUUGCAUAAACCUUCUUCCACUGCCAAUCGCUUCACAUCCUAAAUGUCAAGUUAGCGCGACCCCGCAACCAGGUCAACCCCAAACAUUACUUACCAUGGCUGCCUGCGGGACGAUUCAAGUAGACAAUGAAUAUGAUUGCGAGAUAUCGGAAAAUAAAGAAAGAGCUAGUAAAUUCUUACCAUCCAUGAUACAUUCUGCUGAGGUUCCCUGGGUCGACUGCCGUUUGGAUGAGCUCAUUUAUCUGGCACUCGACACUUACGCCCGAUGAAAGCUUUUUUCGCACGACGAACAAUGCUCGCUCCGCCUCCUUGUUCUGACCCCGGUCAUCCCCUAUGACCGUCCCAUCUCUCCCAGGAAUGUCUAUGGCUACUUGCUCCUCGGGCGCGCCUUGUCG